AUGAAAUGCAUCGGGGUCGGGCGCGACAGAGGCGAGGAGCGCGUCGGGGAGGCGGACGCCGAGCGGCAGCCAGGAGAGCGCACGGCUCGCUCCGCAGGGCUGGCUUUCCCCGACUGGGCGUACAAGCCGGAGUCCAGCCCUGGCUCGCGGCAGAUCCAGCUCUGGCACUUCAUCCUGGAGCUGCUGCAGAAGGAGGAGUUCCGCCAUGUCAUCGCCUGGCAGCAGGGCGAGUACGGGGAGUUCGUCAUCAAGGACCCCGACGAGGUGGCGCGGCUGUGGGGCCGGCGGAAAUGCAAGCCCCAGAUGAACUACGACAAGCUGAGCCGGGCUCUCAGGUACUACUACAACAAGCGCAUCCUGCACAAGACCAAGGGCAAGCGCUUCACCUACAAGUUCAACUUCAGCAAGCUCAUCUUCGUCAACUGCCCGCUGUGGGACGUGCGCUGCCCGGCCCUGCUGGCGGGCGCCGUGCCCCCCGCCCUGCCGAGCCAGCUGGUGCAGAACGUGGUGCUGAGCCGGCGGGCGCUGGUGGAGCCGCUGGUGUGGUCUCGGGGUCCCCGGCACCCCCUGCACCCCGAGGUGCUGGAGAAGAGCCGGCUGGGCUCCGCGUCCCCCCCGUGCCUGGGGGGCUCCUGCUGCCACCCCGAGGAGUUUCCCCCCUUGGCCGCCUUCCCCUGCCCGCUGCUGGCCCCCCCGCUGCGCGACUGGGCCCCCUUCCCCGGCCACGUCCCGCACCCCCCGCGCCAUCCCCUGCCGCUGCUGCCCCCCCAGCUGGGAGCCCCCAGCCCCGGGGGGCUCCCCAAAACGGAGCCCUUCCUCUUGGGCCCCCCCUGCCCCCCCAGAGCCUUCCCCGGGCUCCUCGGGGGGGGGCUCGCAGCCGAGCACCCGUGCCGGCCGGGGGAGGACGGCGAGGAGGAGGAGGAGGAGGAAGAGGAGGAUGAAGGCCGGCACGGCGUGGCUCCCGUGCCCCCCCGGCCCCCCAGCUGGGCCCUGCAGCCCCCCUAGGGUGGGCUGCCAGGG